AUGGCGACAGCAAACAAGAACACCAUCUAUGGCUUCCCCGGCUCUGUCGAGGUCGCUGGAGAGAAACUCGACGGCGAGACGCCUAUCCGUCGUCUUCGCAUGACCAAGGACAAGCUCACGACGCAGCCCAUGGAGGGCAUUGACAUCGUCCCCGAUAUCCUCGACUACGCUGCUCGCACUCACGGCACCAAGGACUCGUUUGGUUGGCGCGACGUAGUUCGGAUACACGAGGAGAAGAAGGACGUCAAGAAAGUGGUCGGCGGGAAGGAGACCACAGAGACCAAGACGUGGAAGUACUUCGAGUUGAGCGACUACAAAUACCUCUCCUUUGUGCAAGUCAAGGAGGCUGCGCAAGAGGUUGCCGGUGGUCUGCUGAAGCUUGGCGUGAAGAAGGAGGAUAUUGUCAAUGUAUACGCUGCGACAAGCCCGACUUGGCAGCUCAUGUCAUAUGGCUGCAACCUCAUCGGUACUGCCAUUGCUACCGCAUACGAUACCCUUGGCGAGUCUGGUCUCCAACAUUCGCUCAACGAGCCCGAAUGCGUGGGUAUCUUCACCAACGCCGAGCUACUCCCGGUCGUCGCGAACGUCGCUGGCAAUGUGCCAUCCCUGCGUCUCGUCAUCCACGAUGGCGAGGCCAAGCAGGAGAUUGUCGACAAGAUUCGGGCAGCGCGCGAUACCAUCCAAGUCAUUACCCUGGACGAGCUGCGCAAACUCGGCAAGGGAACAUCGCCCGAGGAGCUGAAGGACAGGCGCCCGUCACCUGCGGACGUGUCGUGCAUAAUGUACACCAGUGGUACGACUGGUGCCCCGAAAGGUGUCGUCAUCACCCACGGCAACCUCAUUGCCUCUGUCGGUGCGGUCAAGCAACUCCUGGGUCACCAUCUUCGAGCAGAGGACACAUUUAUCGCGUACCUUCCGCUCUCGCACGUUCUGGAGUUCAUCGUCGAGCUCGCCCUGUUCUUUGUCGGCAUGACGUUUGGAUACGGCCGCGUCAAGACACUCACGGACGCGUCAGUGCGCGGCUGCGUCGGUGACAUCCGCGCCUUCAAGCCCACGAUCAUGAUCGGUGUCCCCGCUGUCUGGGAAAUGAUCCGGAAGGGCAUCAUGCAGAAGAUCAACUCCGGCGGUACCUUGAAGAAGAGCGUCUUCAGUGGCGCGUACUCUGUCAAGAAAGCAGGUGUCCCUGUCCUGAGCCAGAUCGUCGACUCCGCCAUCUUCAACCAAAUCAAGUCCGCAACAGGCGGGCGGCUGCGUCUUACGCUCUCUGGUGGGGCCGCGCUCAGUGCGGAGACUCAGGAGUUCUUGUCGAUCGCGCUCGUGACCGUCCUGCAGGGCUACGGCAUGACCGAGUCGUGCGGCAUGUGCGCUAUCAUGCCCCCAGAGUUCAUGCAGUACAACACUGUCGGCUUGCCGCUGCCGUCAAUUGAGAUCAAGCUGCUCGACGUGCCCGACGCAGGGUACCGGUCGACCAAUGAGCUGCCGCAGGGUGAGGUGUGCAUCCGCGGCCCGUCGGUGACGAAGGGCUACUACAAGCGAGACGACCUGAACAACGACGAGUCCAUUUUCACCAAGGACGGCUGGCUCAGGACGGGUGACGUCGGCCAGUGGAACGCGGACGGAACACUCAGCCUGAUUGAUCGCAUCAAGAACUUGGUGAAGUUGCAGGGUGGCGAGUACAUCGCCCUCGAGCGCCUUGAGUCGAUCUACAAGUCGUGCAACCUGGUGUCGAACAUCUGCGUGCACGCGAACUCGAACGCGCGGCAGCCGAUGGCGGUCAUCAUCCCGCACGCCGCACACUUGAAGCAGACGCUCGAGGGUAAGAACAUCGGUGUCGACGCGAACAAGUCGCUCCACGACUUGUGCGAAGACCAGGCGGUUGUAGACCUCGUCCUCAAGGAGUGCAACGCGAUUGGGAAGAAGAAUGGCUUCAAGCAGAUGGAGCUGCUCCAGGCUGUUGUGCUCACGCCGGAGGAGUGGACGCCCGAGAGCGGGCUCGUCACCGCGGCACAGAAGGUGCAGCGGAAGAAGGUCGCGGAGGCGUUCGCCAAGGAGAUCAAGGUGCGGUUACAUCACUCGUUUGUGCGGCGACGUCUCUGA